CGUAAAUGACGUGAAAACAUGUGAUUUGAAUGUUUUGCUCGUAUUUUGAAGGUCUGUCCCAAUAGUUGGCAUAUAAACGGAUUUAUGUUUGCAUUUGAUCUACAAUUUGAAGUUUUGUUUGAUUUGAUGAUUCAUUGACUCGUUAAUAGGUCUGCGCUUUGGAUGUGAUUGUGCUAUGAAUUGGUGGCAAUGGUUGAGACAAACGGAUCAAAUAAAUUGUCACAAUCAGAGCGAGUGUUGACUUCGUUGAUGGCGGGCGCGACUGCCGGUGCGUUGGCUAAGACUGUGAUCGCGCCCCUGGACAGGACCAAGAUAAAUUUCCAAACACAGAACCUGUCGUUCAAUUUCAGGGAAGCCUUCACAUUCCUGGUGAACACUUACAAGAGAUCUGGUCUGAAGAGUCUCUGGAGGGGUAACUCGGCCACAAUGGUGCGGGUCAUGCCGUACGCCGCCAUUCAGUACUCAAGUCAUGAACAGUUCAAACACUUAUUGAAUGUCGAAACCAAUGCCCAGAAACGAGAACGCCCGGCGCUCAGUUUUGUUGCCGGAUCUCUGGCCGGAGUGGUCUCAACCACUGCUACCUAUCCUCUGGACUUAGCCCGCGCUCGGAUGGCUGUCACACAUAAAGAGCAAUACAGGGAUCUGUCGGCGGUCUUCAUGAAGACCAUAAAGGAUGAGAAGUUCUCGCGUUUGUACAGAGGGUUUGUUCCCACUCUGAUUGUCUUCAUGAAGACCAUAAAGGAUGAGAAGUUCUCGCGUUUGUACAGAGGGUUUGUUCCCACUCUGAUUGGUGUGAUUCCUUACUCAGGGUUUGGUUUCUUCACAUACGAGACCCUCAAACGCUUCCAUUCAGAGCUGUACGUCGACACUGAGCCCAACCCACUGGAAAGGCUAGCGUUUGGUGCGGCCGCCGGUCUCAUCGGACAGUCGGCGUCAUAUCCUUUAGAUAUAGUUCGCCGAAGAAUGCAAACCCAUUCAGAGUAUAAGACAAUAUUAGGCACAAUGAGGAAAGUUGUCGCCGAAGAGGGACUAAUCCACGGCCUCUACAAAGAGAGUUUGUGCGGACACGACUGUCCCACCAGUGAUGUGAUUGAGUGGUAUAUUGUCUGCAAAGAGCGCACGCUUUUGAUGGAUGUGAUGAGACAACUGAGUGCCGAAGAACAACAAAUCGAGCACUUCUUCAGUGAACUCAAAGAGCCACACAAUUUGGAUUCAAUUCGUUCAGAAGUACUCGACUUCUGUCAACUCAAUUGCAAUGAGAAGAUUGUCUUGAUUACGUCUGGCGGAACGACUGUCCCCUUCGAGCACAAUACCGUCCGAUUUGUCGACAACUUCUCGGCCGGAACUCGAGGUUCGGCUUCAGCUGAGUACUUUUUACAAAUCGGUUAUUCAGUGAUAUUCUUAUAUCGCGUCAAGAGUUUGGAGCCGUUUGUCAGACAUUUAAAUGCUAUCGAAUUCUUAUCGUCUCUUGAGAUCAGUUCCGAUAAGCAAAUCAAAGUGUCGACAGAAACGACUGAUAAAUUGUUGCCAAUUGUGGAGCUCUUCAACAAAAGCAAAGACCGCUUAUUGAAGAUAACUUUCACCACUUUAGACGAGUAUUUGUUUCUUCUCAGAGAAAUCGCAUUAAUUCUGCAGAAGAAGGGAUCCAAAGGGAUGUUAUAUUUGGCGGCCGCUGUCUCUGACUUCUAUAUCCCAUCCGCUAAUAAAGCAGUCCAUAAGAUCCAGUCGAGUGAAGGACCCCUAAGGAUUCACUUUGAAAUCGUACCGAAAGUGUUGAGACCUCUCGUCAAGUAUUGGUCUCCAAACACUUACACCAUAUCUUUCAAAUUAGAAACGGAUGAAAGCAUUUUACUGGAAAAGGCCCGGAAGGCACUCAACAAUUAUGGACAUCACUUAGUGAUCGCCAAUGAAUUGAAUUCCAGAAAAUAUAAAGUGACUCUCGUUUCAGCUAAUGAUCACCAAUUGAUUACUGUCUCCAAUGAGGAUAACAUCGAAAUCGAAAAAUUAAUUGUCGAAGAAGUGUACAAAACACAGUUUACGACAACAGCAGCUGCUGAGAGCUCCCCUCCGGUUCUCAGUCCUCAUGUGAUGGUCACCAGUCAAGUGGUGGCCAACAGUCGGGCCCCCAAUCGAGGCAAUGGAGUCGUGGUCUGUGAGCCCAUCCCUCACACCCAACACAUCCAACACACGACUCCCUUAAUGUCUUCACCGGAAGUCAGCUGCGGUAAGUGCGGUACGUAUGGCAGACGCGGCGGUUAG